AUCCAUCGAUUCCACUGUUCCCUUGAAGAAAUCAGAGAGACACUUCACUGCUGGGUGGUGACUUGGUGACCGUGCAGUCACUCAAUCAAUAUUAAAUAAAUCCAGGAGCUCCUCCUCACUUUCGGGGUUUCAAGCUACGCGCACCCGCGCGGCGCGGGGGCGAAUCUUUAACCGCUGGUUUCUUCCUUCCUCACCCCCAGCAACUCCUGUUUAUAACCUGUUUCACCUCCGAAAACCUGCGUGAGUUGUGAGUCGCUAGGUGGAAGGAUCGAAACAAUGAGGUUGAAUUUCAGCGAACUGCCCACUCCGACGCUAAGUCGUCAGAGCACUUUGCUGCUGGGGGGCCAGCAUACACGAACGGGCUCGCAUCCGUAUCUCCUCUCGAGUCGGAGCAAACCUCGACGAUGGCCGCUGGUUUUCCGAUUCAUCAAGGGCGCGAUUCAUGGAGCGAUUCUGGUUUAUAUGAUUUUCCAUGCGGCAUUUACAGCCUUUGUGGUCUGUUUGGACCGAUAUGUUUUUGACACUGUUGGUCUGCCGAAUAGCAUUAUCCCCUCGCUCUCCAUCGUCGUAGGUCUUAUGCUCGUCUUCCGGAACCAAACCUCCUAUAACCGAUUCUGGGAUGGCCGCAACGGCAUCAGCACCGUCUACACAUGUAUCCGGAACCUGGUCCGCACGAUCGUUACACACGGCUACAGUACCCAGCGUGCCCUGACAGCCGCCGAAAAGGCUGACAUUGAGCGCACGAUUCGCAUUCUCAUGGCUAUCCCCUUCGCCGUGAAGAAUCAUCUCCGCGCUGAAUGGGGCGCAGCCUGGGCUUUAGGGGCCGCUGGACAGGAGGUCUCCGAGAACGGGACCGCAGUGUAUAACCCUGUCUAUGCGGGACUUUUACCCGUGGGCCUGGAGGGCCACGAGGACGAGGGACUAGGGUUACCAUUUCAAUUGACCUUUUUUGUGGACGCGUUUAUCAAGAGGGGCGUGGAGCGCGGAUGGUUUAAUGCUCCAGGGGCGAGUCAAAUGCAGGCGCAGUUGAAUACCCUGAUGGACGCUUAUGGGAAGAUGGAGACAAUCAAGCUGACUCCGAUGCCUGUCGCGCAUCUCAUCCAUCAAAAACAGGUCCUUGCACUGUACGGGUGUGUCCUCCCCUUCGCCAUGGUCGACGACAUGGGCUGGUGGACCAUCCCCAUCGUCAGCCUCGUGAUUUUCACCCUUUACGGCAUUGAAGGCAUCGGUUCGCAACUCGAAGACCCAUUCGGGUAUGACCGAAACGAUAUCAAAAUGGACGCUCUCGUGUUCGACGCCAAAACCGAGAUUGACGUUGUGCUUGCCGAAUGGCGCAAGUUGAUGGCCACCGUCGAGGCGCAUCAUCAGACAAACGGCGCGCAGGAAAGUACAGCGACCGAUACUUCACCUUCGAGCCCUGGGAAAGAACAUGAGUUCGUGAUGCCAGAUAUAUUCUUGCGUGCGAGACCUCAGACGGCCCGUCAAUGAUGGACUUUGUUUAACCUUUUAACAAAGUUCGUUUCGGUUCAUAAGGUGAGUAUAUAGUGGGAUAUAUACCUCUCUCUCUCUCUCUCUCUCCCAUUUCCUUUGCAAAUCUUAACUCGGCAUUUCAAGCCCAGUAUAUAGUUAGUGUAUAUAAAUACGGAGUAGAUUCAUGAACAAAUUCAUUUACUACCUAUAAAACG